AUGGCGGGCGGCGGCGGUGACGAGGAUGCCGCUAAGCGCAAGCUCUCCAACCCGAUCCUCGCGCGUGUCGUCGUUGGUCGCAAACUUUCGAAACCUCGCCAGAAGCCCGUCUCGGAGCGGCCCGUCCUCAGGAUGCGCGGCGACAGGGAGGCCAGGUACCGAAGCCAAUCUACUGGACACUACCAGACGGAUUCGCUAGCUUCUGCGCUAUCUAUCACGCCCUUUCGUGCUACUCGUCAACAAGCGCAAAGAGAAGUCAGCGGUGUGGGCCCUCAGGCGGGCUUCGAGGAGGAUCUGUUCGCUGCUAUGGCGCUGUCUGGCACCAAGGCUCAGGUCCUUGAGAUGCACAAGGAAUGCCAGAACACUCCAAGCCGUCUGGAGGCAAAGGAGGAGUCCCCGCCCUUCAACAAGCCGCGCGAGGCUACACCCGACCUCACCAGCUUCACAAACAUCCAGAAGCGCGAACGUCGCAUGACGCAAUGGGACAUCAAGCCCGCAGGCUACGAGAACAUCACCGCCGGAGGCCGUCGCAUCGCAACGCAUACUUCAGACCCACUGGUCCGCCUAUCCCGUUCAGUGGCUCACGCUUGA